GCAUUCCUCUAUCAAAGUUAUACGAUCCAAAUCUGCACAUGUAAGUUUCAGUACGUUACUGAGAAGCAAGAGCUUAGGAAAAUUUUUAGCUUCGUAGCCCAGAAUUGUCACAAAGCAGAAUUCCUGUGUGCCUCACAAGCAGAACAAGAGGCUGUUCUUGUUAAAAGGAAGGAGCAAAUUAAAAAGUGACCAGAAUGGCCAGUUCGGGCAAGAAGAUAGCAAGGCCACCACCCGUGAAAAAGCCGACAGGCACUCUUAAAUCUGCCUUCACAGAUGCCAUUGCGACCGCUGUCUUUGUAUUUGCAAGCUCCGUCUUUGGCGAGUUUGCCGGCAUCCUAGAGAAGAAUGGCGUCCCCCCAAUUGUUGCAGGCCUGGGGGUACUGGUGGCGGCUCUGAUUUCUUUGGACACCUUCAACAACACCGUCUUGGGGGAGGGAGUCUUGAACAAUCCCAGCAAUACGCUGGCCUUUGCAGCUGCUGGAAAGGAUGUCUUCUCGAAGGCCACUGUCCGCAUUGGAGCUCAGGUGGCAGGUGGGGUGCUGGGGGCAGCAGCCGCCAUCAAAUACAUUCCAAAGCCGUGGCUGAGAAACCUGGGUGAGCUGGCAGAGGGAGUGAAGCCCGGUGUCUCCUUAGCGGCUGGCGCCUUCUGUGAAUUUGCACUCGCCCUCGUCCUCAACCUUGCCAUCUUGUAUUCCAUGAGCACUAAGAGGAAGCUUGUGGGAGCGCUGGCGCCGCUUGUCAUCACUGUCGUGCUGGUGGUGGCUGGAGCAGGCUUCACAGGGCCUUCCAUGAACCCGGCACAUGCCUUCAGCUGGAACUACUUCCUGGAUGGCCACGACCGCGCGCAACACAUUGCUGUCUUCUGGGUGGCUCCAUUGUCGGGAGCAAUGGCCGCUGGCUUGUUAUGGCAUGCCGCCACCUCCCCUGCUGCCAAGCUAAAGAAGCGGAAGGCUCCGGCAAAGGCACCGGCCAAGGCUGCUGGAAAGGAGACAAAGAAGGCCCAGUGAUGAGACCGCAUUGCAGUAGCAAGGCGGUUCUUAUCGCGUGUGCACUGUGAAUCGCCGGGACAUUUGUGUUUUUCUUGUGAAAAUCAGGGUCACUUCAGUCCUGUGCUCCUGAAGCCACCCUGCUUACUCUGUCCUCAUUCUUUGAUUCUUUUGCUGCGCCGGCGGGAUUCCUGCCUCCCGCAAAUUGACGAGCGGCGGCCAAAAGUACACUUGAUUACCUGCAGCAAGGGUGCCUCAUGCGCCACUUGUGGCCCCUAGAGGAAGUGGCAGGGCCCCUGACUCAGGGGUGACAAAGGCUGUACUUCAGCAUUGUAAAGCCGCAGCUGGC